GUUUGCCUGGGCCCUACGGGAGCGCUCGGCGGGGGAAGAAGGGGCGAGUUUUGUCUACGGGGUUUCCCGGGCGGAGACGCAGCUGAGAUACUGUUAUGGCUGCUACUCUGAACUUGGAGCUAGACCCCAUAUUCCUGAAAGCUCUGGGCUUUCUGCAUUCAAAAAGCAAGGAUUCAGCUGAAAAACUAAAAGCGCUACUUGAUGAAUCGUUGUCUAGGGGGAUUGACUCUAGCUAUCGCCCAUCACAGAAGGAGGUAGAUCAGCCCAAAGUAUCUAUUACAAAACCAGUUUCUGUUAAGCAAGAGCCUAAGGCUUCCUCAAACCUUCCUUCAGGUAGCAAUAAUGGCAAGCCCAUUGCAGCCGAAAAGGUGAAAAAAGAAGCGGAGAAGAGGUCUGCUGAUAAACAGAUAAAGCUGGAAAGCAGUGAAGGAGUUGACAUGCCAAAGAAACCAAGACUAGAAAAGCCAGAGGCUCGUUCAUCUCCAAUCACAGUACAGACUAGCAAGGAUUUGGCCAUGGCAGACCUUUCAAGUUUUGAAGAAACUAGUGCUGAUGAUUUUGCCAUGGAGAUGGGUUUGGCUUGUGUUGUUUGCCGGCAAAUGACGGUUACUUCAGGAAAUCCAUUAGUAGAGUGCCAGGAAUGUCAUAAUCUCUACCAUCAAGAUUGCCAUAAACCUCAAGUGACAGACAAAGAAGUGAAUGAUCCUCGCCUAGUGUGGUAUUGUGCUCGAUGUACCAGACAAAUGAAAAAAAUGGCUCAGAAAACGCAGAAGCCUUCUCAGAAGCCAGCCCCUGCUGUAGUUUCAGUAGCUCCAGCUGUGAAAGAUCCACUGAUAAAGAAACCAGAAAUUAAGCUAAAGAUGGAGACAACGUCAACUUUCCUAGCGUUUAAGAGGACAGAAGUCAAGACUUCGGCAGCUAUUUCUGGUAACUCCAGCAGUGCCAACGUUUCCUCUUCGUCAGCCAGUGGCCUUACAGGAUGGGCAGCUUUUGCUGCAAAAACAUCCUCCGCAGGUCCAUCAACAGCCAAGUUGGGAUCCACAACCCAGAGUACUAGCAGCAAGCCAGCUACUGCCUCCAAUAAUCAAAAACCUGUGGGUUUGUCGGGGUUGGCAACAGCCAAAGCAGGGCUAGGCUCAAAAAUAGGAACGCCUAACAGUAGCACAAGCCCUGUUCCGUUUAAGCCCCUGCCCCCUCUCACGCUGGGAAAAACAGGCCUGUGUCGUUCAGUUAGCAGUGACAAUGUAAGCAAAAUAGGGCUUCCAAGUCCAAGCAGUUCAGCUCCAAGUACCAGCCAGGCUGCUGGUGGAAACGGAAGUGGUGGAACAGCAGGCAGCAGUGGGAGCAGCACCAGCAAAGCAAGUGCAGAAUCUGGCAAUCAGUCCCCUUCUCUGAAGGGUCCUACUUCUCAAGAAUCACAACUCAACGCUAUGAAAAGGUUACAGAUGGUAAAGAAGAAAGCUGCUCAAAAGAAGCUAAAGAAAUAAUAGAAGUACCUGAUGAAGUGCAAACAUGUCUCUGGGCUCAGUUGAACAAGAGAGUAAUAAAGUCCUAUAAUAAAAGCUA